UCACGCCACAACUUUACUUUGACCCGACACCUAAAGCGGGUCGAAUACGAAACCCGCACGUACAACUUCCACACGCAUAGGUACAAGUACUGUCAAACACCGGAUUUGUGUCUCACCGAUUGGAAAUUGAUCCAUAUAUAUCUCAGCUCACCACAUUUGUCGCUUUUGAAAUCAGAAUAAACCUCCAGAAUCUAUUCCCUUUCUUAUUUUUCUUCUCCAUUUUCUUUUCCUUUUGAGUUUCCCCUUUUCUGUAUAUAUAUAAAUAGCGUUGUUAGCUUGUAGAUUUUCGCUGCUUCAGUUAGAGACAAACAACCAUGUCUGCCUCAGUUGAAGUUGUUGGCUUGGAGCUCGUUGAGGAUCUUCAGGAUCUCGCCAUCCAAGCCCAGACUGGCACGGAAGGGGCCAGUGCAGCAGCAGAGGAGAAGACUAACUUAGGGGGCUGCGACACUAACCAAACUGAUAUAAAUAGCCAUCAUGGGUUUUGUGCCAUAUGUUUGAAUAGGAUAGUGCUUCAAGAAACAGCUCUUGUAAAAGGUUGCGAGCACGCAUACUGCGUGACUUGCAUUUUGCGGUGGGCCUCUUGCAAAAAGCAACCAACUUGCCCUCAGUGUAAAGUUCCGUUUGAGUUCCUCAACAUCCAUCGUGCACUUGACGGAAGCAUUUACGAUUACAUGUUUGAGGAGAGUGUCUGCCUUCUACUGAGAGCUUCAUGGUUUAAGCCUCUGGUUGAAGUCGAAAAGGAAGAACUGGACAAAUUAGAAGAUUGUUAUUAUUAUGAAGAUGACGAAGAUGAUCUAGCUGAAUUUAAUUUUUCGAGUUCCUCGACCCUCCGAAUAGGUAAUCGCCGUUGGGGGGACAAUGGGUAUGUUAGGGCUGGCAGACAAGAAGCAAGGCCCGUUCGUCACUUGUUUGCUCAAGACCCAGAUGCUGGCCCAUCUCGUCAGGAGCCCAAGAAAGACAGCCCUAAUAAAGAGAUAGUGGGCCGGCGUGCAAAACGGGCCCAGAAGCGUGAAGCUGCUGACAAGGCGGCUGCAGCUAAGCAUCAGAAGCAUCUGGCUAGGCUGGGCCGCAAAUAGCUUGUGGUCAAGGAAAACCGAGGCCUACGUUCGGGCUUCUUUGUACAGUUGUUGUAUCAUUUUUCAAUUGCUGUUGUUAGCCCCACCUAUGCACAUUUGCAUAUCUGUAUAAGCUAAGACUAAAUUAAAUAAUCAAAAGGAUGGGUGCCACUUCCUAAUUUAUGUAGUUUGGCACUUUAAAAGUUAGCUGUUAGCUGCUGCUGAAUGCUGAUGUUUGGAUUUAGAGUGUUGGAGGUUGUAUUCUGAUGUUAUUGUGAUCACGACCAAUACUUGUUAUAUUAGCAACUUUUUUUUUUUUUAAUUAUUAUUA